UCCUCUCUCCCCAAGAUGUUAAAGGUAUCAGCCCUAUUGUGUGUGUGUGCAGUCGUCUGGUGCAGUCAGGCUCUGGAAGCGGCAGCAGCGGCGGCGGCAGCAGCCGGGGGCAGGUCGGACAGCGGUAAUUUUCUGGAUGACAAACAAUGGCUCACCACGAUCUCCCAGUAUGACAAGGAAGUCGGACAGUGGAACAAAUUCCGAGACGAAGUAGAGGAUGAUUACUUCCGUACUUGGAGUCCCGGUAAACCCUUUGAUCAAGCUUUAGACCCGGCUAAUGAUCCAUGCUUAAAGAUGAAAUGUAGCCACCAUAAAGUUUGUGUUUCCCGAGAUCCUCAGACAGCAAUUUGUAUUAGUCACCGGAGGCUCACACACAGUAUGAAAGAAGCUGGAUUAAGUCAUAAACAGUGGAGGGGCCCUGUUUCAUCCAGCUGCAAGCAAUGUCCAGUGGUUUACACCAAUCCUGUUUGUGGAUCAGAUGGUCACACUUACUCUUCACAGUGCAAGCUAGAAUAUCAAGCGUGUGUCUUAGGAAAACAGAUCUCAGUCAAGUGUGAAAGACGGUGCCCUUGCCCUUCAGAUAAAUCUACAACUGCAGUCAGAAAUGAUAAGAGAGCAUGUGGUGAUCUGGAGUUCAGAGAGGUGGCAAACAGACUGCGUGACUGGUUCAAGGCACUUCAUGAAAAUGGAAGUCACAACAAGAAAACUAAAGCAUUACAGAGGCCAGAAAGAAGUAGGUUUGAUACGAGCAUUUUGCCAAUUUGCAAGGACUCUCUUGGGUGGAUGUUUAACCGACUGGAUACAAACUAUGAUCUUCUCUUGGAUCAGUCAGAGCUUGGCAGCAUUUACCUAGAUAAGAAUGAACAAUGCACCAAGGCUUUCUUCAAUUCUUGUGAUACAUACAAAGACAGUCUGAUAUCCAACAAUGAAUGGUGCUAUUGCUUCCAGAGACAGCAAGACCCACCUUGCCAGACAGAGCUCAGCAACAUUCAGAAGCAGCCAGUGGUAAAGAAGCUCCUAGGGCAAUAUAUCCCAUUAUGUGACCAAGAUGGUUACUAUAAACCAACUCAGUGCCAUGGUGGAACUGGACAGUGCUGGUGUGUUGAUAGAUACGGCAAUGAGGUAACGGGAUCUAGAACAAAUGGUGCAGCCGCCAACUGUGCAAUUGACUUAGAAACAUCAGGAGAUUUUGCCAGUGGAGAUUUCCAUGAAUGGACAGAUGAUGAGGAUGAUGAAGAUGAUAUGAUGAAUGAGGAAGAUGAAAUUGAAGAUGAUGAUGAUGAGGAUGAAGGGGAUGAUGAUGAUGAUGAUGACCAUGAUGGAUAUAUUUGA